GCACUUCCGGCGCGCGGCGGUAGCGGCCACCUAGGAGAAGCCUUCAGUCGCGGCUGGGAAACGAUCCCUCGGGGCGUCUCGGCCACCGGUCCUCAGUCCGCCGGGGCCGCCGCGGCCCGAGCUCGGGUCAAGGGGAGUCCCCGAUGGAUCCGGACCUGGCCCGGAGCCUCUUCUUCGAGGGCGCCACGGUGGUGGCCCUGGACGUGCCCGAGGGCACCGAGUUCGGCAUCGACUGCAGCUCGUGGCGGGUGGGCCCGCGCUUCCGCGGCGUCAAGAUGAUCCCUCCGGGCGUCCACUUGGUGCACUACAGCGCGGCGGGCCGCAGCCCCGCCAGCACCCGCGAGACAGGCCCGCGCACGGGCUUCUUCGUGACCCUGCGGCCGCGGGGGCUGCGCCUGCUCCGCUGGGACGCGGCCCGCGAGGAACUGGACCUGAGCCCGCCGCCCGAGGAGCAGCUGGAGGCCGUGCGGGCCAACCUGCAGGAGCUGGAUCGCUUCCUGGGGCCCUACCCCUACGACCUGCUGAGGAAGUGGGUCUCCCUGAGCAGCUGCCUGAGCGAGGAGGCCGUGCAGCGGCUGCAGCCCGAGAGCGGGCAGAUCUGCGCCUUCUCCGAGGUGCUGCCCGUGCUGCCCCUGACCUACACCAAGGACCGCGCCGAGCGCGGCCCGCCGGCCUGCGCCGCCGAGUGCAAGAGCUACCAGGAGGGCCUGGCCCGCCUGCCCCAGAUGAAGCAGAAAGCCGGCACCGAGAUCCGUUUCACCGAGUUGCCCAAGCAGACCUACCCCGACGGCGCCAGCCCGGCAGAGAUUACCAAGCAUAGCAUGGACCUGAGCUACGCCCUAGAGACUGUGAUUAACAGUCAGUACUCCACCAACCCCCAGGAUGUCCUGGCUGAGCUGCAGUUUGCCUUCAUCUGCUUCCUGAUUGGGCAUGUGUAUGAUGCAUUUGAACAUUGGAAGCAGCUGCUGAACCUCCUGUGCAGGGCAGAAGAAGCCAUUGGGAAGUACAGCGCCCUCUACAGCCGCCUCAUUUCCAUCUUGUACCAUCAGCUGGCUGAGAUCCCUGCUGACUUCUUUGUGGACAUCAUCUCUCAAGACAACUUCUUAACCAGCACCUUGCAGGUUUUCUUUUCCUACAUUUGCAGCGCCACUGUUGAUGAGACACUGAGGCGGAAGGCAGAGAAGUUCAAGGCCCAUCUGACUAAGAAAUUCAAAUGGGACUUUGAGGCAGAGCCAGAUGACUGUGCCCCAGUGGUGGUGGAGCUUCCAGAAGGUGUUAACUUGGAAGUGACAGGCUAACUAACUCUGAGACCAUGAGCAAAUGAUUCUCUUCUUCCCAAGAGGCCAAUCAUCUUGAAUUUGAAGCUCCUUUCUGCCACGUGUCCUUUUGAACUGUGAGGGCAGCCAGAGUUCCGUUGUCUCUGGUCCCAUUUCAGGUGUUUGGAAUAGGGUGUCCAUGUCUAAUAACCUGGGUCUCCCUGGGCCUUUAGUUUGGGUCCUUCCCACUUCCUUCCAAAGCUUGGUAUUUUACUGGCCUGAUUGAAUUUCACCAAAACUAACUCUUCUGUAAGAUCUUCAAAGAAGCUACCUGAGUGACAACUUAAUUCCUUCUAAAGGAACAGAGAAAUUGAACUGGGAGGGAGAGCCACCGAGUUUUCCUUGGGAAAAGUUUGCCUUGGGAUAGGUUGGUUUUUUUUUUUCUCAGAAACUACAAACUCUCCCUUUGUUAGUAUUUGAUAUUAUUAUUUUCCCUAGAUGUCCUUCAAAGCUGGGGAGUAGUAGUGACAGGUGAGGAGAUUACUGUGCCUGCUAAAUUUUAAUAUUGUUGUUUGAUGUUCAGAAACAAGAUGUCUCUGAAGGAAACCCAGAUGUAUGUGAGGUAUGGAAGACAAUUCAGCAGAGUCUGAGGACUAGAGUAGUUUUCACCGUCUACUUAAAUUGCAUUCCACUGGAUCCAUACCUAGAGGGUGGGCCUGGAACAGCCACUUGCAUUGCCUGAUACAGUCCCUAGACAUACCCUUUUCUGAUCCUUCUGGAAUAGGAACCCCAGCCGUGUGAACUGACGAGCUUCUCUGGAACUUCCUGGUGAAGGAAGACUUCCCAUGAUGGCUUUUGGUGUUGCUGUAAUUCAACAGCAAGAAGAAAGAAAAGCUCCUCCUCCCCCCUCCAACAGUUGUUUCCAUACGUUAUGGAAGCUUUGUGGCCCAUGUUGGGACCUCCGAAUAGUUUAUAAUUUUACCUGACUUCCCUAGGCCUUAGUGCCAUUUCUCCUGGCCUCUUCCUCCCCGUUUCUUCCCUGUAACUGUCAGGUCUUUCUUAUUUAAUUGAAGCAUCCAUAUAGAGUGGAGCUCAAAGGUUGUGCCAAUAACCUGUAGGCAGUAUGUUGUACUUAAAGGGACACUGCCCCGAACUGCUCACCUUGUCAUGUUGUACAACAGAACAAGCCCCCGCUGCCACUUUCUUUAACGCGUAUUCAGGUGCUUCAGCUUUUGAAUGAGAAUCCUGACUGGGUAGGAUUUUUAGUUCCACUUGUUUCCUUGGAGAUUGCUUUAUAAGGUUGGAUGUAUUAAAUCUUUUCCUUAAGAAUAAAAUUGUUGUAUGUGAAUCUCUA